GAAGAACAUAAAAAUUGCACUUCAAAGCAAUGAGCUAUUGCGGUCCAUGGUCAGGCAACAUAAAUUAUAACCGCUGUUUUUAAAUUCAAAAUAUCUUUAGGACUAUUGGUUAAAUAGUUAAAUACUGCAAAUGAACGGGCUGUUGUAAUUUAUUUUAACGCUAGUCCGCUACUGCGAUUAACAACUUUUGUUAAAUACUUUAUCAUUGUCGUUGACGUCGAUGAUGGCCUUGUAUGCAUCGUCAUUCAUGACGUCAUGACAUUCGCGUCUUGUAUCCACUUGUAGCAACUAGCGGAGUCAUUCUGUGCCAAUAUUCUGUAUAUCGCUGUCAAAUCAUAUAAACAACGAAAAUAUUACAAAACCUGUCUAAUAUCCUGAAGGAUAACAAAAUUUCACCGAUGACUGUUUCGAUUUACUGGUCAAAAAAUAAGUAUGGCCCAAAUUGAACAACAAACAAUAAAGAUCGUUAUUGUUGGCGAUGGCGCAGUUGGAAAAACAACGUUAGUGUUGACAUAUGUAGACGGUGUCGUGCCAGGAGAAUACAUUACCUACGUCGCAGAGAAGUGUACAAAAUCCCGUUUCUUUAAUGGAGUGCCCUUUUUGUUGGAGAUUUGGGACACACCCGCUCAAGAUGGAUAUGAUCGUCUGAGACCAACUUGUUACACAAACACGGAUGUGUUUUUUCUAUGUUUUUCUAUUGCCGAGCCUGUUUCUCUUAAAAGUAUUACUGAGAAGUGGUUUUCAGAAGUAAGCCAUCAUUGUCCAAACACACCCGUCUUUCUCGUUGGUACAAAAGUUGAUCUGCGAAACGAUGAGAACGUGCUUGAAUUAUUGAAAUUACGCGGCUCCACUCCUGUCACAAUCGAGCAAGGCCUGGAGACGAAGGAAAGCAUUGGCGCAUGUCAUUAUAUCGAAUGCUCUUCGUUAAAUGGUGAUAACUUAGAAAACGUGUUUGAUGAUGUUUUGCGUUUCAUACAAGCAAAGAAACGCACAAAAAGAGCUCAAAAUGUGUCGUUUCGUGACAUCAUUCCUAAAAAUGUAAUUACGUAUAUAUUUUAAAUAUUAAUUACUUUCAACACCGGUA